CGAGGGGCUGAGUCGGCGUCGCGGCAGUUGAGUGCGGCCGCUGUCGAUCUCUCGAAGUUUCGAGUCGCCGGGCCGACCCCAGCCUUUUCUUCUGGGGCCUCGCGCCUCGAACCUCGGUUUGCUCUUCCGUCUCCUGUCGGGAUAAUCCCCACAGGAAAUAAUUUAAAUCAAAAUGGUUUUCAAAAGAAGACUGUCAAGAUCAAGUGGUAACGAUACCCUGACAAAAGAAGAGUCCAUCUCAGAAGACAAGAUGCAGCCACUUACCAAAACAAUAAAGAAAUCUCAUGCUCCCAAUCAAGUUGAAGAAAAUGACACUGUUUUUGUAAGACUUCUCAAGACAUCAGGACUUAUUCUUAAAACUGGACAGAAUCAGAAUCAACUAGCUGUGGAUCAAAUAGUUUUUCAAAAGAAGCUCUUUCAGACCCUGAGGAAACAUCCUUCUUAUCCCAAAGUAAUAGAAGAAUUUGUCCAGGGCCUGGAGUCUUACAUUGAGGACAGUGAGAGUUUCAGGAACUGCCUUUUAUCGUGUGAACGUCUGCAGGAUGAAGAAGCCAGCAUGAGUACAUCUUAUUCUAAGAGCCUCAUUAAACUACUUCUGGGGAUUGACAUAUUACAGCCUGCUAUUAUCAAAACUUUAUUUGAAAAGUUACCAGAAUUUCUUUUUGAAAAACCAAAUAGUGAUGGGAUCAGCAUGCCUCGACUCAUUAUCAGUCAGCUGAAAUGGCUUGACAGAAUUGUGGAUGGCCAGGACCUCACCAUUAAAAUCAUGCAGCUGAUUAGCAUUGCUCCAGUCCCUCUACAACAGGACUUUGUCACCAGCCUUCCUGAGAUCUUGGGGGAUGCCCAGCAUGCUGAUGUAGCGAAUGAACUCAGUGGCCUGCUGAUGGAGAACACUACUCCACUUACUGUCCCAAUCCUGGAUGUUCUCUCCAGCCUCCGACUUGACACAAAUUUUCUGUCUAAGAUACGGCGGUUAGUGAUGGGUAAACUGUCAUCUCUCAGACUGGAUGAUUUACCUGUGAUAAUGAAGUUUAUUCUUCAUUCUGCAACAGCCACCAAUGCACUUGAGGUAAUUACUGAACUUCGGAAGAAGUUUGACCUACACCACUUUAUGUUGCCGUCACAGUUUCUUGCCUCCCAAAACAAGUUGAAAAGUAAAGGAGGAGCAAGUUCUUCAGGAAGCCAAGAAAGCACCAGUAAAGACUGUAUCGUUCUUCUCUUUGAUGUAAUAAAGUCAGCAGUUAGAUAUGACAAAACCAUUUCAGAAGCCUGGAUUAAGGCAAUUGAAAGCAUUGCCUCAGUAGCUGAACACAAGAUUUUUGAUAUGGCGAUGCUUCUGGUCAUCUACAGCACCAGCACCCACACAAAGAAGUACAUAGAGAGGGUGCUUAGAAGCAAGAUUCGAUUAGGCCACAUUGAAAAGCAUCUGCUAGAGAAUACAUUCUGUGUUCAUGACAUGGUUCUUAAGGAUAUUUGUCCAUCCAUUCUGUCAUUGGCUCAGAGUUUGUUUCACUCACAAGACCCAAGUAUAAUUUCAUUUGGCAGUCUCCUGUAUACAUAUGCUUUUAGAUUUUUUGACACUUACUGCCAGCAGGAAGUGGUGGGUGCCCUCGUGACCCACAUCUGCAGCGGGAAUGAAGCUGAAGUGGACGCUGCAUUGGAUGUCCUCCUCGAGUUGAUAAUCCUAAACCCAUCUGCUAUGAGGCUCAAUGCUGUUUUUGUGAAGGGCAUUUUAGAUUAUCUGGAGAAUAUCUCCCCUCGACAAAUAAGAAAACUCUUCUAUAUUCUUAGCACACUGGCGUUCAGCAAACAGCAUGAAACUAGCAGCCACAUCCAGGAUGACUUGUACCUGGUGGUCCGGAAACAGCUUUCUAGCACUAUAUUCAAGUACAAGCUCAUUGGGAUCAUUGGUGCAAUCACCAUGGCUGGAAUCAUGGAAGGAGACAAUAGUUCUUCUUCUACCCAAGGGAGAGCUGACCUGAGCAGUGACAAGUACACACAGGUGACCUCCUUGCUGCAGUUAGUUCACUCCUGUACAGAACAGUCUCCUCGGGCCUCAGCACUUUACUAUGAUGAAUUUGCCAACCUGAUCCAGGAAGGAAAGCUAGCUCCAAAAACUUUGGAAUGGGCAGGCCAGAAUAUCUUUAAUGAUUUCCAGGAUGCCUUUGUGGUGGACCUCUGUGUUGUUCCAAAAGGUGACUUUCCAUUUCCUGUGAAAGCCCUCUAUGGACUGGAAGAAUACAAUACUCGUGAUGGGAUUGCAGUUAAUCUCCUACCAUUGCUGUCUUGGAAAUUUGCAGAAGAUAGUGGUCAGAUGACUUCACAGGAACCAGGGCAAAAAUUGGUGUCUGCACUGUGCCUGGCUCCCUAUUUCCGGUUACUGAGACUUUGUGUAGCAAGACAACAUAAUGGAAACCUGGAGGAGAUUGAUGGUCUUUUAGAUUGUCCUCUAUUUCUUACUGACUUGGAGCCCGGAGAGAGGCUAGAGUCCAUGUCGGCUAAAGAACGUUCAUUCAUGUGUUCACUUAUAUUUUUUACACUCAACUGGUUCCGAGAGGUUAUGAAUGCCUUCUGCCUACAAACACCACCUGAGAUUAAGGGGAAGCUACUCACUCGGUUAAAGGACAUUGUAGGGCUGCAGGAAAUCUUGGAAAAGUACUUGGCAGUCACUCCAGACUAUGUUCCUCCUCUUGCACAUUUUGACUUGGAAACUUUAAAUGGAAUACCUCAUAGCAGUUCUGCUUCAGCAAAAAACAGGAAAAAAACAAAGAUAGGAGGAAUAAAACGAAAAGCAGAUGGCAGCAAAGUAUUGUCCCCUGACAAACUUUCCAAGGAGGAUAACACAGAAUGUGACCCUGAGCUGUCUGGUAGAAGCCACCUAGACAAGGAGUCCAUUGAGAUGGAAGGAAAGAAGUCAGUGUCAUUACAGAAUUACCAUGCUUUUUUCCGAGAGCUGGACAUUGAAGUCUUCUCUAUUCUACACUGUGGGCUUGUGACAAAGGUCAUCUUAGAUACUGACAUGCAUACUGAAGCUACAGAGGUUAUGCAACUUGGGCCUCCUGAGCUGCUUUUCUUGCUAGAAGAUCUCUCCCACAAGUUAGAGAAUAAGCUGACACCUUCUUUUGCCAAGAGAAUUCCCUUCUUCAAGAAUAAAGGAAGCUGGAAUGUUGGAUUCUCACAUCUCCAUCAGAAAUCUACCCAGGAAGUUGUUCAUUGUGUUGUUCAGCUAUUGGCCCCAAUGUGUAACCAUUUGGAGAACAUUCACAACUACUUCCAGUGCUCAGUUGCUGAGACUCAUGUUGCUGAUAGGCAGGGAGGGAAAACUCAGGAAUCCCACAUAAUGUCUUCCUGUUAUCAGAAGCUGCUACAGAUUUUUCACAGCCUUUUUGCUUGGAGUGGAUUUUUUCACACUGGAAAUCGUAAUUUGCUAUACUCAGGCCUUGAGGUUCUUGCUAGCCGGCUGAAGCAGAUAGAACGGGAUCACCCGUUGGAUGAGCUGAUCAGCCAGAGCUUCAACUACUUGCAAAAUUUCCAUCACAGCAUUCCCAAUUUCAAGUGUGGUCUUUAUCUCCUCAGACUUUUGAUGGUCCUUUUGGAGAAAUCUACAGCUCCUGCUCAGAAGAAAUUAAAAAUUGCUUCCAUGGCCAAACAGUUCCUGUGUCGGGUUUGGCCAAAUGGGGAGGAAGAGAAGAGCUCUGGCUUUAAUGACCAGCUCCAUGAUGUGCUUUGCAUUUAUCUAGAGCACACAGACAGUGUCCUGAAGGCCAUAGAAGAGAUUGCUGGUAUUGGAGUUCCAGAACUGAUCAACUUGCCGAAAGGUGCAUCUUCUUCCACGUUCCCUUCACUGACCCGAGAUACCUUUGUCAUCUUCUUCCGAGUGAUGAUGGCUAAGCUGGAAAAGACAGUGAAAGGUCUUCAGGCUGGCACAGCAGCAGAUGCCCAGCAGAUUCAUGAAGAGAAGCUCCUCUACUGGAACAUGGCUGUUCGAGACUUCACUAUCCUCAUCAACCUGAUAAAGGUAUUUGAUAGUCGUCCUGUUCUACAUGUAUGUUUAAAGUAUGGACGUCUCUUUGUAGAAGCAUUUCUGAAGCAAUGUAUGCCUCUUCUAGACUUCAGUUUUAGAAAACACCGGGAUGAUGUUCUGAGCUUACUAGAAACCUUCCAGUUGGACACAAGGCUACUUCAUCACCUUUGUGGACAUUCUAAGAUUCACCAGGACACAAGACUCACCAAACAUGUGCCUUUGCUCAAAAAAACACUGGAGCUGUUAGUUUGCAGAGUCAAAGCCAUGCUUGUUCUUAAUAAUUGUAGAGAGGCUUUCUGGCUGGGAAAUCUCAAAAAUCGGGACUUGCAGGGUGAAGAGAUUUUGUCCCAGAAUUCCCAGAGGAUCUUAACAGCAGAAUGUGAAGAUGGCAUCUCCCAGAGCAUGGAGGAUGAUGAACCUGAAGCAAGUGACGAGGAGGAGCAGGGUGAUGCGAGUGGAGACUCCUCUGACUAGGCUCUGGAAGACUCGGCUCCUUGAAACCUGCUUUGUGCCUUUGGAAUUGCAAGCGUCUUGUUUUACCCUUCAAGAGGAUGUUUUACUUCACCAACUUGUGGGUUUCGUCGUGUGUCUAACUCCAGCCAAGUUCCUGCCCAGGACUGCAGUGCACAGUCGCUGUUGGUUUGGAUAAACAGUGGAAGUACUGUUUGCAGUUAGGGUUCUGGGCUUUGGGGGUUAGUAUUGAAAUUGAUUUAUUGUAGAAUUUAGGUUUAUACCUGCUUUACAAAUAAAUAUUUUUCUAACUUUU